GGCUGGAGUGUGCGCGAGAGAGCGGGUGAGCGGACCGUUCCAGUCCGUGUGUCUCUGUGCGCGUGAGCAGUGGUCUGCCGUCAUUCAUGGGGAUCAUGUACGGAGAUGGAGACCGGCUCGGACCCCCGCGGAGGGACUGCAUGUGUUACCUGGGACCCCCGACCACCUUGAUGCCCAUCGGAAUGCGCAAAUCCCCCGAGGUGAGUCCCAGAAGGCUGUCCGACAUCAGCCCCCAACUCCGCCAGCUCAAGUACCUGGUGGUGGAUGAAUCGAUUAAAGAGGACCUGAAGUCAUCUCGAUCAGUUGAGGACAUCAACAGCGCGUCCAUCGAGGAGAGGAUCUUGAGAAUCACCGGCUAUUAUGGCUACCAGCCGUGGAAUGCCGUGUAUAAGAGGGAGGACCGGCCGAGGGAGAACAUCGUGGGCACUGCCGAUGGACAGGCGAUGGUGGGCGGAGCAGGGGCGGAGUCAGGGACCGGAAGGCAGAAAUUAAACUGCUGUGUGCGAGUGACAGCCGUCCAAGUGCGAAAAGCAAUAUGGGGCGUGGCCAUGGUGAUGUGCGUGUGCUCGUCGUGGGCAGGCUCCACCCAGCUGGCCAAACUGACCUUCAAGCAGUACGACGCGCCUUUCACUCUCACGUGGUUCGCCACCACGUGGAACUGCCUCUUCUUUCCUCUGUACUACAUUGGACAUCUGUGCAAGAGUCCUGAGAGACAGACACCAAAACAGAGGUUUAGAGAGUGCUGUCGGUUCUUCGGGGACGAUGGACUGACGGCGAAGGUGUUCUUCACUAAAGUGGCUCCUUUUGGCCUGCUGUGGAUUAUGACAAACUACCUAUACCUUCAGGCUCUGAGAAAGAUCAACAGCACUGAUGUAUCGGCCCUCUUCUGCUGUAACAAAGCCUUCGUCUUUCUCCUGUCCUGGAUUGUGCUGCGGGAUCGCUUCAUGGGCGUCAGGAUUGUUGCUGCCAUUCUGGCCAUCGCUGGGAUCGUGAUGCUGACCUACGCUGAUGGCUUUCACAGUCACUCCGUUAUCGGCAUAACGCUUGUAGUGGCCUCUGCAUCUGCCUCUGCCCUCUAUAAGGUGCUUUUCAAGCUCGUCUUGGGCAGUGCCAAGUUUGGUGAGGCGGCUCUGUUUCUGACCAUUGUCGGAGGCGCAAACUUUGUCUUUAUGAGCUUUGUUCCAGUCAUACUGUACUUCACACAUGUUGAGUACUUCACAUCCAUUGUUGAUCUUCCCUGGGCCUACCUGUGUGGAGUAGCUGGACUCUUGCUAGCAUUCAAUAUUCUGGUGAAUUUUGGCAUUGCCAUUACAUACCCUACGCUGAUUUCACUUGGAAUUGUGCUGAGUGUUCCAGUCAAUGCAAUGGUGGACCUGUACACCUGUGAUAUCCACUUCAACACAGUUCGACUCAUCGCUGUGUUUAUCAUCUGUCUGGGCUUCCUGAUGCUGCUGUUACCGGAGGACUGGGAUCAGUGUUUGAUUGAGCUCGGCACCAAACUCAGAAAGCGAGAACAGCCUGUUGAGCCGGCUGAGACUGGAACCAGCUCAGGACUCAACUGGACCCGACGGGCCAGGACCUCGAUGUCCACAUUCUCCCACUGACACCCAUUUACCUUUUCGGGUUUAAAGUCCAGUGACUGGAUGAUGCUGGAAAGAGCGUUCAUUCCAUAGGCUAUAAUUCACAAUCAUACACAUUACAGCAAAAGCUUUCAGUCGUGCAAAAGAAACAUUUAUAUAUUUUUUUGCAGUUCACCCAACUGUAAGUGGAUUUGAAAAACGACUUGGGUCUUUAUUUGGAACUAAAGAGCAGGGGUCUCAAACUACAAACAUACAGGCUAUUGGGUUAAUAGUUUAUCAGUUUAUAGACUUUUUUCCCCUUUCAGUAUAAAUUGAAACUUUAAUAAAUAAAUAUUACAUUUAAAAAUAUAUUUCAAAUUAUUAUCUGUAAUUUAAUGUAUAUUAUAUAUUGUAAUUUAA